GCGAAGUGGAAGCCCCGCCGUCAAUCAAAUUAAGAAAAAAACAAACUGGACUAAAGCGAGCGCAAGCAGCGAUUAAAACAACCAUGUUCGGUGUGUAAAAAAAGCCAACCAUCAAUCUCCAGGAAAGAACUCGCGUAAUGACCGCGCCUGAAGGGCCAGUGAAAGCGGGAGUCAUGGCGGACAGCAGCAGCGCUCAGGACGGCGGCGGCGCGGAGCAGGACGGACAGCCCUCGCCGCUCGCCCUGCUCGCCGCCACUUGCACCGGCCUCGGUUCGCCCGCCCCCGGAGCAGAGAACGGGGCGAGCUCUAAUAACGCCUCAGCUGGGGUGAAUGCUGACCUCUCAGAUCAGCUAACCAGCUCGACUGAACGAUGGGAAGCGUUGCGGGAUGAUUCGGGUGUCCUUCAUCUCCCCGGCACGGGUAUCGUCACUUCCAACGGACAGUAUGUUCUUCCUCUCCAGAGCCUCCAGGGCCUCCAGAACCAGCCCAUUUUACUCACAUCGGGGACCGACGUGUCCUCCGGCGCAGUGCCUAACAUCCAAUACCAAGUCAUCCCUCAGGUGCAGACGGCUGACGGGCAGCUGGGUUUCUCUGGGGCCUCGAUGGCGCAGGACGCCGCAGGACACAUCCAGAUCCUCCCAGACGGCACCCAGGCCAUCAGCGUCACAUCCGCCGACGUCCUCAGCAACAGCCAGAGCCUGAUGACGCAGACAGGCCAAGUGCACCAGAUCCCACAGGUGUCUCUGGGAAACUCUGCGUUCGGCGGGCAGGUCACAAAUGUGCCUCUGGGUUUGCCGGGUAACAUUACCUUCGUGCCCAUAAACAGCGUGGAUCUGGACUCUCUGGGACUGUCGGGAGCCCAGCCCAUAGCCACAGGCAUCACGGCUGACGGACAGCUGAUCAUGACCAAUCAGAGCGUUGAGAACUCUGAGAAAGCAGGAGAACAGCAGCAGCAAACGCUCAGCACUAACGCGACCGCUGAUAUGUUUGUGCCUACCACGUCUUCAGCGUCGUCAUCGCAGGCCAGCACGAUAGACGGCACGGGGGUGUUGACGCAGCAGCCAGCGGCGGCAGGAGAACAGACGGACAGCUCGGGAUACCUCAGUCAGGGAGCGUUGCAGGUGUCUGGAGGACAGCAGGUGAUCCAGUUACAGCAGCUGCCUUUGCAGAGCGCUGACGGUCAGGCUUCUGCUCAGGCCCAACAGACCAUGCAAAACAUACAGCUCAUCAACCCGGGAACAUUCCUCAUCCAGGCCCAAACCGUCACGCCGUCAGGACAGAUACAGUGGCAGACCUUCCAGGUGCAGGGAGUUCAGAACCUCCAGAACCUUCAACUCCAGACGGCUCCAACCCAGCAGAUAACUCUGGCCCCGGUGCAGACGCUAUCCCUGGGUCAGGGUGGCACACCGGUCAGCCUGAGCUCAGGACAGAUGCCUAACCUGCAGUCGGUGACGGUUAACACUGUGGGCCAGGCAGGCAUUCAGUUCCAGCAGUCCGAGGACACCGACAGCACUGGAGAUAUUCAGAUUAAGGAGGAGCCUGAUUCGGAGGAGUGGCCUCUGGACAGUAGCUCUACGCUGAAUGCCAAUGACCUCUCUCACCUUCGUGUUCGUUUAGUGGAGGAAGAGAUGGAGGCUUUGAGCCAGGAGGGCAAACGUCUCCGCAGGGUCGCAUGUACCUGCCCCAACUGCAAAGAGGGAGGCGGGAGGGGAUCUAACAUGGGCAAGAAGAAGCAGCACGUGUGCCAUAUUGCUGGCUGUGGGAAGGUUUACGGGAAGACGUCCCACUUGCGAGCUCACCUGCGCUGGCACUCGGGAGAGAGACCUUUUGUCUGCACCUGGAUGUUUUGUGGGAAGAGGUUCACGCGCAGUGAUGAAUUACAGCGACACAGGAGAACGCACACCGGAGAGAAGAAAUUUGUGUGUUUGGAGUGCUCGAAGAGAUUCAUGCGCAGCGAUCAUCUGGCCAAGCACAUAAAGACGCACCAGAACAAAAAGGGUGGAGGCGUGGUUUCCAGUGGGGGCGUGUCCUCGGACGGCAUCAUCACAGCGGGUGGCACCACACUCAUCCUUACCAACAUCCAGCCGGGCAGCAUGCAGGGUCUGGCCACCGUCAACGCCACCGUGAACACCUCCAGCCCACAGGAGCCGCUAAACGCCACCGAAAUCCCCCUUCAGUUAGUCUCCGUGUCUGCCGGUGACGCCGUCGAGUGAAACCGAAACUAAACAUUCCCGUACAACAUCACAUCCUGUCCUCCCACAACCUCAUUUUCGAUUCCGCGCUCAUGCAUUAUAUAUACCUUGCUUUUUAUACCUUUUUGCAUAUUUACCCUCCUUUACGUGAAUGCAUAUAUACGUACACACACAUAUAUAAAUAUAAAUAUAUAUUUUACAAAUAUAGAAUUAUUGGGGGUUUGGUUCAUCUUUUUACGGGGGAAGCAUUAUUUCUUGAUUUCACAUACAACACUGAAAUGCCUUAUAUUGUAUUAUAAGCUGUCGUGUACAAAAAAAGCUCCAGUUCUUCAUGGGUGUCAAGCAUCUCUUUCAGUGUAUUUGUUGGAAAGGGGUUUAAUCGUGUUUUUUGUAAAGAUUUGCAGCGCUGGCGACAUGAUGAAGAAACGGUUUAGCCAAAAGUGGAAAUUCUCUCCGAAAAUGCAUGGAAGUUCUGCCAAUAGGAUUAAUUACAAUAUUUUUAUCUCAUCAUUUUGACAAUUUUCGAAUUUCUAGAUCACAAUUCGGACUUUUUUACCUCAUAAUUCAGUCAAUACUGAAAAAUAUUAACUCAUAAUUGCGUAAAAGGUUGGAAUUCUGCUGCUAUAUUAUAUUUAGUUCUGUUUUAAAGGGUUAGUUCUCAAAAAUGACAUUUUCCUCAUUAUUUACUCUCCCUCAUGUGGUUUUAAAGCUUUGAGGGUUUUUUUUUUUCUUCAGUAUUGUAUUGAAUAGAAGGGAAGAUAUAAAAAACACUCAUUGACUUCUAUGGUAUAUAGUAUAUGCUAUAAUAUAUGGUAUAUAUAGUAAAUAGUUGCUUUUUUCAAUCUUCAUGUAUAUGAAAUAAAAUAUCUUGUUUUUAAUUCAACAACAAAAAAAGAAAUUCAUAAUUUAGAUCCACUUGAGUGAGUACAUUUUCAUUUUUGGGUGAACGAUCUCUUUAAUAUCUUGGAAAUUUGACUCUCACCCAUAAGUUCUGAGGUAAUUGCUUUAUUGUUGUUAUUGUUAAUGUUAUUUGCAUUAGAAAAAUUCAAUUCUGUCUAUUCUGACAAAUGCUGGGGGAGAAAAUUGACUUCCAUAGUAUUUUUUUUGUUUCUCUAUGGACCUCAAUGGCUGCUUUUUUUUCAACAUUCUUCAGAAUAUCUUUAAUAUAAAGUUUAUAUCCACUUGAGUGAGUCAGUUUUCAUUUUGGGGCAAACUAUCCCUUUAAUAUCUUCUAAGUUUGACCCUCAGCCAUGAAUUUAUUCAUUUUUGUUUGUUAUCGUUUUAUUACUAUUUUUAUUUGCAAAAAAUCUAUACUGUGCGAUUAAAAUCUUCCAAUUCUGUCUAAUCGAACGUUUCGUUAAAAUGUUGAACUUCAGUUUAACUCCAACCUUUUAAAACGUUCAACUGUGAGUGUUUUAAAUCGGUGUUGUACGACAUAGAUCGAGAAAAAGUGAAUCGUGAGCUAAAAAAUUGUAUUAUUUUAUUUUCUUCAGUGGAAAUGAGCUUUUAUGAUUAUACCAUUGCGGUUCUUUAAUUUAUACUCACAAUUUUUCAAAGUAUAAUGACUAUUUAACAUCUGUCAAACUCUGGAAACGAGUCAGUAUGACUUAAUUGUGUGAGAAACAGACUCAAAUUCAGUAAAAAAAAACAAAACUUGUCAUAUAAUCCUCCAAAGCUUUUUUUUUUUAAAUUUGCCAUAUAACUUAAUUUUUUCUUUAACUGCACGCGAGUCUAAUGCCAGGAAUGUUGAAUUUGCAUUUUUGAAUGUAGGUGUGAGCUUUCAUUGGACGGAAUAUUAAAUGUAUCUGUUCCUCGCGAGCUUCGAUUGGACAGAAUAUUAAAUAUAUCUGUUCCUCGCGAGCUUCGAUUGGACGGAAUAUUAAAUAUAUCUGUUCUCACGAUCU